AUGACGGAAACAAUUGCAACGCCGCAAGCAACAAGACGACUACAAAAGGAUCUCAUGAAGAUUACACAGGAACCGAUUGAGGGAAUCGUCGUCGCGCCUCUACCUGAAAACAUUUUGAUCUGGCACUACGUUUUGCUCGGCUCUCCCGACACGCCAUAUCAAGGCGGCGCCUAUCAUGGCCGGCUAAUCUUCCCAGCCGAUUUCCCGUGGAAGCCGCCUGCUAUUUACAUGGACACGCCAAAUGGACGCUUUCAACCUGGAGUCAGGCUUUGCCUAUCGAUCUCUGAUUAUCAUCCCGAGUCGUGGAACCCUGGCUGGUCGGUUGGAGCGAUUUUGUUAGGACUACAAAGCUUUAUGAACGAGGAGACGCACGCUGCAGGCGCCAUCUUUCCAGCACUGAGCACCAACGGGAGGGAGAAAUUAGCGCUUGACUCACAUAAAUUCAACAACCGGGAUCAGGCCUUCCGGAGACUUUUCCCGCAAUUAUUGGACAUGAUCGGCAGCACACCCGGUGAGUCUUCCGCUUCAGCAACGACGAAAGUUACCCGAAAGCGUAACAAGAAACGGCCAAUUGAAAACGACAUCGUUGUGAUUGAGGAUGAUGCCAAAAUCGUUCCAGUAAAAAAAGUAAAAAAGCCAACUCCUCAAGUUCGCCAAGCUCAUCCCGCUCUCAUUGAGGUGAUCGACUUGGACGACGAU